AUGUUGCCGCGGCUGGGUACAUUGACUCUUGGAUGUGCGAAGGCGGCCAGCACUCAGGCGCUGAGCUGGAGGGAUUUGUAUGCAGACGAAGUGAAUGGGAAGAAAGUGGUAACAGUUCGUCUAGAAAUUAUGGGGCGCACACCCACUCAAAAACCCACAAAACAAGAACGACAGCGGGCUGCCACGGAGCGUUGGCUAGCCCGGGAAAACGUCAAGAAAGAACAGAAUAGAAAGGCGAGAGAGCGGAUGAGAAGGAAUCGUGCUAUAAAAAAGGCGCGAUCAGAGGAGCUUCUCCCCACCGAGGACCGUGCAGAUGUCCCUUACUCACCGGUACUUAAAUAUACCCGAGCUGAGAGGCCCUCCCCCGUUGAUCCUGGGACCAUCACGAGCUUCAACGAUGCCGUCCUUGCAUUCCAGGUGUGGACAUACGACUGGGGUCCAGCCGAGACCUGGGUCGAGAAGUACCACAGUCUCCUCUCCAAAGCUAUCGAAGAGACCGAGAAUCCGGCAUUUGCAGACAUGAGUGAGGACUUCCUUUCCCAUGUCAGCGAAGGGUGGGACCUCAUGGAGGCUUUGCGGAAUCUCAUCAUAAAUGGCGAGGAUGGGCUGGAUGAGCACGUCUUUGAUACAAUUGCGGAGCUUGUCACUGAACUGAGAUUUUUCGAGCGGAUGGACGAGGAGAAGUGUCGGAAUGAUGCCAGAGAGCUCCGGUGGGAGAGAGAUUACGUGAGUAGCUCGCUAUACAAUUGA